AUGACGCCACGUUUUCUGACAAAAAUGAUGACAUCACCUUAUGCUUCACCGAGUCCACCAGAGUACCCAAUGGAAAGAAAGCUGAAAAAGCCUUUGAUGGAGAAACGUCGUAGAGCUCGCAUGAACGAAUGUUUGGAUCAGUUGAAACAUCUCUUACUACAUAUUUCACCAAAUCACCGUACUAAGUUGGAAAAAGCAGAUAUCUUAGAAAUGACUGUUGCCUAUCUCAAUCAGAUGCAGCAUCCGCCAUCACCAUCGACAUCAUUCGACAGCAAUGCCAUUUAUCAGCAAUCUUAUGCGGAAGGUUUCACUGUAGCUGCUUCGGCUUGUUUGACUUAUCUGCAAAAUACUCUACCGCCUGGUGAAUUUGCACCUCAAGCACAGCAGUUCAGAAUUGGGCUCAUUCAACAUCUUCAAUCUGUAAUGUCGAAUCAUGUAAAUGCGUCAGGUGAAGAUGUAGGACCGAUUGUUCCUCAUUCAUUACCGUCAUACUUUCUAACAAACUUCCAGACACAGUCGUCAUUAGCUGGUACUUGCUUAGCCUCGAAUCACAUACCAAAUUCGGCUUAUGACCGCACUGCUUGUGCUGCAUAUCAGUCUAACAUUCCCGCAUUUUAUUGCACUUCUGCAUUACAUACGGCGGUUCCUUCGCCAUCUCAAUCAAAUAUCCUCUUUGUUCCGAAGGAUUCUGUACCCCGACCUAUAGCCAUUGUUGGUGCGCAACCUGUUUUGUCUGGUUUCUGUGGUAAUCGUGUGGAGAAAUGCAGUAGUCAUUCAGAACGAGCGAAAGAAAAUGAAAUCAAGGACAAAAUUAAUGGAUUUGAGGAAAUGGAAACAAUAAAAGAUGUGAAAGUUUGGCGACCGUUUUAA